CAAACAAGAAAAAUAAUCAGAGAGAAAUGUCUUCUUCGAAUCCGUUUAAUUAUUUUCGUUCAUGGAUGGACCAGCCCAUGCGUGAUCCCGUGACGGAGUUACUUACGCCAGAGUAUGCACAAGGUCUUAAACAAUUCAUGGCAUAUGCAGCAAACCAACUGGUAACCAUCGAAUCAAAACAUAUGUAUUGUCCAUGUUGUAAAUGUCGAAAUUUCAGAGUUAUUCAUGUAUCGCAAGUUUGGAUGCACUUAUAUGGGGAAGGGUUUAUGCCGGGGUACAAAGUUUGGUUUAUGCAUGGAGAGGAUGAGUCAAUGGUGAAUUAUGGUAGUUGUAGCGAACAUUAUUCUGCUGAUAGGUUAGAAGAACCAACUGCGGAAGUAGAUGCAAAUGUAGGUACCGUUCAAAUGGUGAAUGAUGCUUUUCGUGAAAAUGUACACUCGUUUGAUGGGGAUAGUGAUAGAGUCGAGGAACCUAAUUAAGAAGCACGAAAGUUUUUUUAUAUGUUAGAUGCAGCUAAGAAUCCGUUAUAUAGAGGAUGUAAAAAGGGUCAUUCACCUUUAUCUGCUGCAACCAAGUUGAUGGGUAUCAAGACGGAUUAUAAUUUGUCCGAGGAUUGUAUGGAUGCGAUUACUGAUUUUGUCAAAG